GAGGGGCCGAAUUGAGAGUGCUUCGGAGUCCUACUUCCGUGAAGGGUUUGAUUGCCAUGGAGGAGGCUCAGCCUGUUUGUAGCUUCCUCUUCAAAAAGCGUCGUUCCGCGCCUGGGAGGGCUCAACGUAAGAGGCCGAGCAGCGACCAGGACUCCGGUAGCAGUGGUGAUGAAGGCAGCACUGUAAUCAGGAAGGAGAGACGAAAGGAAGUUUCCAACCCCAUGAUUCAGAAGACCAAGAAAAGUAUGAAAACAAAGACUUCAUAUGAGUCAAACAGUAGUGAUGAUGAUAAUAAACCUGAAGCAGUUGGAAUUGCGUAUAAAUCAACACGAUCUGCGAAACCUGUGGGUCCAGAGGACAUGGGUGCAACAGCUGUAUAUGAACUGGACACAGAGAAGGACAAAGAUGCCCAAGCCAUUUUUGAACGCAGCCAACAAAUCCAGAAGGAACUUCAAGGAAAGGAAGACGAUAAGAUUUAUCGAGGAAUUAAUAAUUAUCAAAAGUAUGUAAAACCAAAAGAUACAUCCAUGGGAAAUGCUUCUUCAGGCAUGGUAAGGAAGGGACCAAUCCGAGCCCCAGAACAUCUCAGGGCCACUGUGAGGUGGGAUUACCAGCCAGAUAUAUGUAAAGACUACAAGGAAACUGGGUUUUGUGGCUUUGGAGAUAGCUGCAAAUUUCUGCAUGACCGAUCAGAUUAUAAACAUGGGUGGCAAAUUGAGCGGGAACUGGAUGAGGGACGCUAUGGACUUAAUGAUGAUGAAAAUUAUGAAGUAAGUAGUGAUGAGGAUGAACUGCCUUUCAAAUGUUUUAUUUGUAGAAGCUCCUUCAAGAACCCUGUGGUAACCAAGUGUAAACAUUACUUUUGUGAAAACUGCGCCCUACAACAUUACCGCAAGUCUCAGCGAUGUUAUGUAUGUGAUAAACAGACUAAUGGUGUCUUCAAUCCAGCCAAAGAAUUGUUAACAAAACUGGAAAAACAUAAGGCUGAAGAAAGUCCCCGUGAAGAUGCUGGAGAGCAAGAUUAGAAUUUUCUUUACUAUUUUCAUGCCUUACAUCCUCCAGAGAAAUAAUUUGAUUGCAGAAUAAAUAAUUUAUAGAAAAAUAAAUUGAUCCAUCAUGCUUUGUGCUUCAACAUACAUUCCAAACAACUUUACAGACCAAGACCAAGAUAUUACUGAUAGUAAAGAACAUUAUGAAAACAAAGCAAUUCAUUAUUUUUUAUUGCUUUAAUGUAUUGGGAAAAAAAGCGGGGGGGGGGGGCAAGGAAAACAAAAAACUGCACAAAAACAGCAGCUCAAAAACUUUGUAUUUCUGAAAGUUAAAGGAAAUAGUUCUUCCUGUGUUCCCAACUUCCCAACUUCUGUAUUCUAAAAGGAAAUAACUAGCAGAAAUUAAAUUGGCUGAACAUCUUUCAUGUUACUUCUUAAAACAUAUCCAAUUGGUCUUUUGUGGUUUGGUAUAAGAGUUCAAGACAUUUCAAACAGUCCAAAGUAGUUAGUUAUCUUGUGAUUAUAGUUUUAAGUCUGUUUUUUACUUAUUGGGCACUGUACUAAUCUCAAACCUUGUAAUAUUUCUACUAUGUUACCUUUCAGGUUUCAAUAGCAAAGAUAUAAAUUGGGCUUGCUAGCUUUUAUGUUUAUUUUUUUUAAUUACAGGGAGUUCAUAAUGCAGAUUUAUUGAAGAACAUUGUAAAAAUGCAGAAAUCUUUUAUUGGCA